AUGUCCAGCGAACAAAACCCCGGACUCUUCGGCAACCUAGGCGACACCGUGGGCAAGACAGUGGGCGGCGUAUCAAACACAGUGGGCAGCACAGUCGGCGGUCUCGGCUCAACGGUGGGUAACGCAACAACGGGCCUCGGACAGACCGUCUCAGGCGCAACACAGGGUGUUGGGAAUACGGCGAGGAGCGCUGGAGAGGGCGUGAAGAGUGGUGUCUCUAGUCUUGGGGGGCAGAGGCAGACUGGGGAUAACCCGCCUGGGUUGAAUAGAUAG